AGACCCAUGCGCACCCGCCGGCGCCCUGCGCUGCAGGACAAGACGCCGGGGAACACGCCCCAGUCUCACCAUUCGAACGCGUCCAAGGCGAAGGAGGCCCUUUUCAGCGAACCCCGAAAACCUCUCGGCGCGCUCCCCAUUGCUCCCGAAGUCGUACCAGUCGUCUCCGACGAGAAUGGCAACUUGCGUUCUGUCCCGCCUUCCCCGCAUCCACCUCAUGUUCGCAGAGUCCCGCAGCCGCCUCCAGAGCCCUUGGAGGAGACUGGUUCUGAGGUGAGCGCGCCUCCAACACCGACGCCAGCGCGUAUCCGGAGGCCAGGAGCACGACCGUCCGACAUGCCUCGCUACUCGUACGACAUGCGGUCGGACGCCGUGCGCCACUCUGACAUUCUCUCUGCGGCUAUGCUACCUGUGCGCGCGGGCUCAGAGCGGGAGCCCCUCGCAUAUGGGGCGAGCUCAGAUUCUUCCGCUGGACCAAGCCCGUCCCCCGUUAAGACGGCGACGCGGACCCUUACCAACCGCCGCCCCAUCGCUCCGCCGACGUUUCGCCCGCUCGCGGACUCCGCCCCUAGCCCUCUCCCCACGAAACACGUCCGUCUCUCGAGCUCAUCCCGCCCCUCCGGCGGGUUUGUGCUCCCGCCGCCGCCGGUCUUCGGGUUCGAACACCGCACGCCGUCCUUUGUGCCGCCGACUCCGAAGCCGAGACAUGUCAAGACGCUCCUCCGCCCCGCCAACGAGGACGAUGGUGUCCUCGCAAGCCCUACGCCCAUCAAAUCCGGACUCGGCCCGCUCCCCGCGCAGAGCACGCCUGCCCCGCUUCGUAAGCGGAGACCUCGGCUCCCGCUGAACAAGAUGCCUGCGCGUGCGCCGGAGCCACAGAUGCCGGUCGCGGGGAGCUCGAAAGCAAAGGGGAAGCAGCGCGCCAGGGAGGAAUCCCUCCCACCGAGCUCGCCGCCUCCGCCCUCACCCCUUGGCUCGCGUGGCCCCAUUCCGUUCGCGGUGCGUGAGGACCUCAUGGCCGAGCUGGAAGGUGACGAGCCGCUUGAGCCCGAGGACAAGGAGAACAUGGGUAUGGGUAUGGGCGCAGAAAUCGGCAUGGGCGUCGCUACUGACUCCAGCGUUGGCGCGGUGCCCCUGCAGAAGCAACGGAGCAGGAGCUCAGAGGACGACCUGUUCGGGUUCAUCGCGGCGGAGCGCAAGCUCAAGGCCCUCCGGCGAGACAUGAGCAAGGACAAGGGCAAGGCUCCCGCGCCGCGCCGCGCGCCCCUCGGUACGCUCGUCGUUUCGCGUCGCACGCCCUCCCCCUCGCCCGAGCCCACUCCAGGGCCGUCCACGGUGCCGCUCCAACUGCCCACGCCCGAUGGUGGCUCCGAGGCGGACUCGAACCCCGGCGACUAUAGGUUCCUCGCGUUGGACAGCCCUCGCCUGGAGCGCGACACCCCUGCACCAGAGCUGCCCGACCCGGGGCCGGGCGAGAGCGACCCGGUCGUCCAGCCCGCAUAUGACAACGGCUCCGACGUGCUCUCGUACGUUGACCCCGAUGAGGUGUACGAGCACGAGCCUGCCCUCCCGGAUCCGGGCGCGCAAAGCGAGUCUGCGUCCGCCCCUGGCUCGCCAGAGGUCGACCCGACGCGCACGCCGCGCAAACCGAAGAGCACGCGGAAGCGGAGCCCCCUGCCGACGCCGCACUUUGAGGGCGAGAGCUCGGAGUCGGAGGUGGGCGAGGACACGCCGAGCCGGAGUAUGGGCCCCGCGGAGCUGCUGGACCUGACGAGCUCCGUGCCUGCGACGUUCAGACUUCGGAGAGGCGUCGUUGCGGAAGACAAGAUGGUCGAAGUCGAGGACGAAGAUAAGGAGCAGGGAGAGGAGGAGGCCCAGGGGAGCGAGCGCGAGGAGCCGGCCCCCAAGCUGAAGAAGCCCGCGACGAGGAAGCGCGGGCGUGGACAGAAGGAGGGAGACGAUGAUCCGGCGAAGACGGCGAAGAAUCUUGAGAGGCUCCUCCCUAGAAGACCCCCGAAACGCGCGAAGCCUGCGUCCGACGACGAGUCUGAGAGCUCUGAGCCUCCCGCGAAGCGUGCGCGUGGACGCGGGAGAGGAAGGGGUCGUGGACGCGCGCGCGGAGCGGCUGGUAGGGGACGUGGACGUGGAGGAGCGAAGGCGCACGCUGAGGACGUUCCGAGCGAGGAGGAGAGCGGGUCGGAGAGCGACGUUGAGGAAGAGGAAGUGAAAGCCAGGAGCAGUACCAGUCGCGGUGGGAUUGCGAGAGGACGAGGUGCUUCUAGGGGAAGAGGAAGAGCCCGCGGGAGGGGCAUAUCCACGAGCAGCCGUCCGCCGUCGAGCAGCACCCGUGUUACGCGGUCUCGCUCACAGAAGCCCGCGAGCAAGCCGGAUAGCAAGGGCAAGAAACGCGCUAGGGACGAGGAUGAGGAGAUCGAUAUCGAGGAGGAUGAGGAGCGUGCCCGAUCACGUCAGGCGCGGAUCGAGUACUUCCGGAAGCUCGAGGAGUACAGCCUGGAGAAGGAGGACGUCUAUGUGAUAUGAGUUCUAUAACACAUGCGGUUCGGGGCUAUCGAUUGAUUAUGGUUUUUCAUGACGAUGGGACGAUGGGCCUUGGUUGUAGCCCAAUACAUGGGAUGUACAAGUAGAAGAUGUGUAUCGUACCUUGACUAAAGUUGAUUGCAUAAUGACCAUGAGUAUUUCCUUACGUGUUGUCGCAUUGCUGAAAGCU